AUGCGGCUGCAGCUGAGGCCUGUUGUAGUGGCAGAGGAGCGCAGUUUAGGAGCGCGAGAAGUGCCUUCUGUUCGCAGGUUGUUCUGGGCGCUGGUGAUGCUGCUGAGCCUGGGCCUGUGCUCGCAGCAGAUCUACAACAUGUGGCACAAGUGGACGUUGUUCUGGGCGCUGGUGAUGCUGCUGAGCCUGGGCCUGUGCUCGCAGCAGAUCUACAACAUGUGGCACAAGUGGACGUUGUUCUGGGCGCUGGUGAUGCUGCUGAGCCUGGGGCUGUGCUCGCAGCAGAUCUACAACAUGUGGCUCAAGUGGACGUUGUUCUGGGCGCUGGUGAUGCUGCUGAGCCUGGGCCUGUGCUCGCAGCAGAUCUACAACAUGUGGCUCAAGUGGACGUUGUUCUGGGCGCUGGUGAUGCUGCUGAGCCUGGGCCUGUGCUCGCAGCAGAUCUACAACAUGUGGCACAAGUGGACGUUGUUCUGGGCGCUGGUGAUGCUGCUGAGCCUGGGGCUGUGCUCGCAGCAGAUCUACAACAUGUGGCUCAAGUGGACGUUGUUCUGGGCGCUGGUGAUGCUGCUGAGCCUGGGGCUGUGCUCGCAGCAGAUCUACAACAUGUGGCUCAAGUGGACGUUGUUCUGGGCGCUGGUGAUGCUGCUGAGCCUGGGCCUGUGCUCGCAGCAGAUCUACAACAUGUGGCUCAAGUGGACGUUGUUCUGGGCGCUGGUGAUGCUGCUGAGCCUGGGGCUGUGCUCGCAGCAGAUCUACAACAUGUGGCUCAAGUGGACGUUGUUCUGGGCGCUAGUGAUGCUGCUGAGCCUGGGGCUGUGCUCGCAGCAGAUCUACAACAUGUGGCUCAAGUGGACGUACGCCCCUGUGAUCGUGUCCUUCGACGAGAGGAGCACGCCCGUCUGGGAGAUCCCCUUCCCCGCGGUCACCAUCUGCAGCGAGACCAAGGCUCGCCAGCGCUCCUUCAACUUCACCCACGCCAUCUACAACAAGGGAAACCUCACGGGAGAACAGCUCAAGACGCUGGGAGACGUGUCGUUGCUGUGCGACUAUGCCUUUGCCGAGGGGAACGACACAACCGACGAGGAGGCAGUGGAAUUCUUCCGAGAGGCGGCGCCGAUGUUCGAGGAGACGGUGAUGUUCGUGGUGUGGCGCAACGGCGACUCCAACCUGACCGGGGACUUCUUCAAGCCCAGCCUGACCGAGGAGGGACUGUGCUACACCUUCAACAUGCUCUCCCCCGCCGAGCUGUUCACUGCAGACACUGUGCAGCGCGGCUACGACUUCAUGCAGCACGACUACGAGGCGAGCGGGUGGUCGCUGGAGAGCGGCUACGACCCCGGCGCGCCGCUGGAGACGUACCCGCGCCGCGCGCUGGGCGCCGGCUACGAGGCGGGCUUCGUCGUGCUGCUCCGGUCCUACUCGCAGGACAUCGACUACCUGUGCAAGGGCGCCGUGCAGGGCUUCAAGGUGCUGCUGCACAACCCGGCCGAGCUGCCGCGCGUCAGCCAGCAGUACCUGCGCUCCGACCUGAACCAGGAGCUGGUGGUGGCCAUCCGACCAUCCAUGAUGACCACCAGCCCGUCGCUCAAGAGCUACAUCCCGCGCGACCGCAAGUGCUUCUUCCAGCACGAGCGCCGCCUCCGGUUCUUCCGCGUGUACACGCAGGGCAACUGCCAGCAGGAGUGCCUGGCCAACUUCACGCUGGGCUUCUGCGGCUGCGUGGGCUUCCACAUGCCGCGUAGUGCAGAUAUGCCUCUGUGCGGACCUGGAAAGAAAACAUGCAUGUUGAACGCAAGUGACGAGCUGAUCCUGCGGGAGGUGGAGCGGGAGCUGGAGGGACAGCGGCGGGGCAAGGCCGCCUCGUGCGACUGCCUGCCCUCCUGCACCGCCGUGGCCUACGACGGCGAGACGUCCACAGCCUUCUUCUCCUGGGAGGACCUGGUGCGGGGCUACCUCAUCAACACCAGCGAGGAGGAGUGGCACGGGGCUAACAUUGGGCGAGUGGUGAUGUUUUUCAAGACGCCUCAAUUCAUCCCGAGUCGGCGCGCUGAAGUUUAUGGGAAUGCAGAUUUUAUAGCUAACUGCGGUGGCUUGCUGGGCCUGUUUCUCGGGUUCAGCGUCAUAAGCGUAGUGGAGAUAUUCUACUACCUCACCAUAAGACCGUGCUUGAACGUCAAUCUGAAGAAAGUGUUCUGCACGAAUAAGGGAAACACAAUCGCCUUGAGAGACAUGAACGCUGGCUUGGAGAGUCUGGAUGCAAUUUUCUGA